ACCAAAUCCUCUAACAACAAUGCCGUCACCUUUUGAUAAAAUUUCACACCUCCAUACCGAUAACUCUCUCCGCUUCUAUCCACUUGCCCCGUCAUUUCCCCGCCCAUUAUAUAUCUCAGCCUCCCCUUCUUCUCAUCAUACACCUCUACCAACACAAACAAAAUCAUUCUAAACAUGAUGGAUUACGGUACUUAUGGUCACUCUGCACCGACCAAGAAGACAACUCCAGGCUACGAUGUUCCUGAAGGAGUGGACAUUCGAGGCAGAUACGAUGAAGAGUUUGCCAAGAUUCUGACAAAGGAUGCUUUGCAAUUCGUUGCUGAUUUGCAACGUGAGUUUAGACCGAGGAUUCGGUAUGCCAUGGAGUGUCGCAUGGAGGCUAAGAGGAGGUACAAUGGCGGAGGGUUACCAGGGUUUGAUCCUGCUACUGCUUAUAUUAGAGAAAGUGAUUGGAGCUGUGCACCUGUUCCUCCGGCUGUUGCUGAUCGGAGAGUUGAGAUUACUGGACCUGUUGAGAGGAAAAUGGUCAUCAAUGCUCUCAAUUCUGGUGCUAAAGUUUUCAUGGCUGACUUUGAAGAUGCACUGGCACCAACCUGGGAAAAUCUGAUAAGAGGACAAGUUAAUUUAAGGGAUGCUGUUAAUGGAACUAUAAGCUUCCAUGACAAGGCAAGAAACAGAGUUUAUAAGCUUAAUGAUCAGAUAGCAAAGCUUUUUGUUCGUCCGAGAGGCUGGCAUCUACCGGAGGCUCACAUUUUAAUCGAUGGUCAGCCUGCAACUGGUUGCCUUGUGGAUUUUGGCCUUUACUUUUACCAUAACUAUGCAGCUUUCCGCCGGGGCCAAGGCGCUGGCUAUGGACCGUUCUUCUAUCUUCCCAAAAUGGAGCACUCAAGGGAAGCUAAGAUGUGGAACUGUGUAUUUGAGAAGGCAGAGAAGAUGGCCGGAAUUGAAAGAGGAAGCAUUAGGGCUACUGUUCUGAUCGAAACGCUUCCCGCUGUGUUUCAAAUGAAUGAAAUCCUGUAUGAGCUGAGGGAUCACUCGGUUGGGUUGAAUUGUGGAAGAUGGGACUAUAUUUUUAGCUAUGUUAAGACAUUCCAGGCUCACCCUGACCGUCUGCUGCCUGACAGAGUUCAGGUUGGCAUGACUCAGCACUUCAUGAGGAGUUACUCUGAUCUCCUCAUUUCGACAUGCCAUAGGCGCGGUGUUCACGCCAUGGGAGGCAUGGCAGCUCAAAUUCUGAUCAGAGAUGAUCGAGCAGCGAACGAUGCAGCUCUAGAACUAGUUAAAAAGGACAAGCUGAGAGAAGUGAAAGCCGGACACGACGGAACAUGGGCAGCACACCCUGGACUAAUCCCAGCAUGCAUGGAAGUAUUCACAAACAACAUGGGAAACGCCCCACACCAAAUCCAAUCCAUGAAACGACAAGACGCUGCAAAUCUAACCGAAGACGACCUAAUCCAAAGGCCGCGAGGACAUCGCACACUCGAAGGCCUCCGUCUAAACACUCGAGUCGGAAUUCAGUACUUAGCAGCAUGGCUGACAGGAACAGGCUCAGUGCCACUUUACAAUCUGAUGGAAGAUGCAGCAACUGCUGAGAUUAGCAGAGUUCAGAACUGGCAGUGGCUCAAAUACGGAGUCGAGUUGGACGGAGACGGAUUAGGAGUGAAAGUGACAACCGAGCUGUUCGGUAGAGUUGUCGAAGAUGAAAUGGCUAGGAUUGAAAAAGAAGUUGGGAAAGAAAAAUUCAAGAAAGGAAUGUACAAGGAAGCUUGCAAGAUGUUUACAAGGCAAUGCACAGCAGCAACUCUGGAUGAUUUUCUCACUUUGGAUGCUUAUAAUAAUAUUGUCAUCCAUUAUCCUAAGGCAUCAUCUAGGCUUUGAAGAGCUAUCAAAUUUCAUUGCUUUUUUCUGUUACUAUGGUAUUAUGCAUUGUGUUUGUGUAAUAAUAUGCUUUUAAUGAAUAAUAAUUUAUUUGUGGCUCUGCUGUUUGUUCAUGAAAGUUGAGAAAAAUAAAAGAAUUUUGAAGGUUG